UCAGUCACACCAGACAAAUCUCAUUUGUUUUCUUCCAACAAUUCAUGGGUCCUUGAAGCUUGAAAUUAUCCAGUUUUGGAUUAGCCACCACGGCGACACCAAAUCCCUUUCUGUAAAACCCUAAACAACAAGAUCUCACUCCAUCUCCAUUCUUCAUCAUCUCAUUCUUAUUCUUACAUUUCUUCUUCAAAAACUCAAAUAUUCCCCCACAAAAUUUCGAAACCUGUUAGCAAAUUCUUAAUAAAUGGCAACUGCAUUCUCUCCUACUCUCUCACAUCCAAAUUUCUACCCUCCGUGUCUUUAUCCUGCUUGUAAAGCUACUUCAGUUUCUACCUUCUCAUCUCAUCAUUCUAAUUUCAUAAACCCUAACUCUACUCAUCUGUUCUCCUCCUCCUCACUUCAAAUCAAAUCUACACCAAACAAGAAUAACAAUAAAUCAUCUGUUGUUCAAAUGUCUUGGGCUGGUCCUCUUUCUUCUGUCAAAUUAAUCCUUCAAGGCAAAAACCUAGAUAUAUCAGACCAAGUUAAGACUUAUGUUGAAGAAAAGGUUGGUAAAGCUGUUCAGAAACAUAGUCAUAUUGUUAGAGAAGUUGACAUUAGGCUGUCCCUUCGAGGUGGAGAGAUUGGGAAAGGUCCUAAACUUAGGAGAUGUGAGGUGACAUUGUUUACCAAGAAGCAUGGUGUGGUUAGAGCUGAGGAGGAUGCAGAGUCUCUUUAUGGAAGUAUUGAUCUGGUUUCGUCGAUUAUACAAAGGAAAUUAAGGAAGAUAAAGGAGAAAGAUACAGAUCACGGGCGACACAUGAAGGGAUUCAAUAGGUUAAACGUAAGGGAUCAGGGUUUGCAAGUUGCGGUGGAGGAUGUGGAGCCAGAACCUCAAGAUGAAAAGGAAGAUGCAUUUGCCGUUGAUGAGAUUGUUCGUACAAAAUACUUCGAAAUGCCUCCGCUGACAGUGGCUGAAGCGUUGGAGCAGUUGGAGCUUGUAGCUCAUGAUUUCUAUGCAUUCCGCAAUGAAGCAACAGGUGAGAUAAACAUUAUAUAUAAGAGAAAAGAUCGAGGUUAUGGGUUGAUUAUUCCCAAAGGUGAUGCAAAGGCUGAGGAGCAUGAUACCGUCAUAGUAGACCGUGUUGCUGCCAAAGUGAAGGGCUGAAAACUGAAGUGUAGAUAAUGGUAGAUGGUUGUACAAUAGGCAACUCUGUGGGCAACGAUUUAUACUUGGCCAGUUUGAGAUGGAUUUCUGUAGGAUUUGGGUCCAUCCCUGGCGGAGAAGGAAAAAGAAGAGAAGGGGAGCUGUUCAAGUUUAGCCUGUAAUUGCUUAGCUUUUUGUUGGGGUAUAUUUGUAUAUUACAGUGCCCAUGCCCCACAAAGAUGAAAGGAUGUUAUUGUACUGUCAUACCUUCUUCUUUUUUCUUUCUUUUUUUCCUUCUUUUUGGAAUUUAGCUGCAUAUACCAAAGUUUCUUAUGAUUCUUCUUUUCUUUCAAAAUAAAUGGAAAGUGCAGUUUCUAGAGA